AUGAUCGAUUGGCGUUUUGAGAGCCUCGGUUUCGGCCUCGCUCAGAUCCCCAUUGGCUUCCUCAACGGCAGACAUUGUGAUGGUACACUUUGUAAGGGCAUCGUAUUCGCCAUCGAACUCGAUGCUAUCAUAAUAGUUCGGCAGUGCUGUUUAAUUAUCAGGGAAUCUGAUUUGGUGGAGGUCGUGCGACGCGAGCUAGAGGAGGCCUUGAAGGCGACAUUCCUGGCAAACCACUCGAAGGCUGCCGGCUGCUCGAAUGGCGAUGAUCUCAGCCUCUCCGAUAUCAACAGUUCUGAGGAGGAGUCCAUGUAA